AUGCUUCAGUCCAACGGCCAUAAGUAUCUAGCGGCCAUAUCCCCCUACUCUAACAUCUUCAAACAACCCCACAUACCAGCCUCCUCCACAAUAACCGGCGCCGUCUACCUCUUCCGGCAUGGUAUCCUCGAGGUUUCCCACCAUGAUUACAGCGCCUACAUAGCCCCAUUCCUUAAGAAGCUACAAGGGCUGCAGGAGCAGGGAAGGCCGUUCGUGCGGGGCAACUUGGCUUUUCUUAGUAACUAUCGGAGCUGGAUUACAGCAGCGCAUGUGGGUACGGUAUCGAAGGCCGGCCUGCAGCAGAGCCAUGAUCUGGGGACUGCUUUUCGAAUACGAUAUAAGCAGUGGUUGACGCCGCCGUUGGGGGAGUCCGGGGAGAAUCCUACGUUGUCCGUGUGGACUGAUGAGGCGGCACGUUGCCAUCAGUCUGCGGUUGCUUUUGCGGACGCUUUCUCUGGGAAGUUGAAUGAAGCGUCUAAACAUUCCGGAGGCAGCCUUCAGCAAGUAGAUACCAAGGUCAAAGUGCUAGCCGCCGAGAAGGAUAGCAAAAGCUGUGACAAUAUUUGCUGGCACAACACCUUCCAGGUGGACCAGCAAGUGGGUGGUGAGCAAAUGAAGCAGCUCAUGGAUGUGACCACCUACGCCUCUCUUGCGCGCCUUGAGAAUGACUGGCUAGACCCAAUCACCAUGCCCUUGACCGCCCAAGAUAUCUAUUGCAUGCAGCUUCUCCACUGUUACGAUGUCGUCUCUGGGAGAGAGUCCCCCUUUAAUCAUUGCUUUGAUGCCGAAGACUGGGCCGGCUUCGAGUACUUACGAGACACGAAAUACCAUUUCAGCGAAGGUUAUGGCGCAAAGAAUAGCGGCCUGUAUUCCGUUCCUUGGAUGAAUGCUGCCGUGAGGGUUCUUUCUGGGCUAGACGGUCAAACAGGUGCAAGUCUACCCCUUCGGGUUGGCUUUACGCACCGCGAGGAGGUUCUCUAUCUCUGCUGCUUAUUGGGCAUCUGUUAUGAGAAAGAUUGGCAGCCGAGCCUGAAAAGGGUCGAUGCGGACCGCCAGUGGCGCGUCUCGCUUCUAGCACCCUAUCUAGGGCACGUGGGAAUAGAGACGUAUGUUGGCAGUUCUAAGCAGGAGCGUCUGAGGAUUAUCGUAAAUGGCGAGGUGAGGCCGGCGUUUUUCGGUAAUGUAGAGCCAGAUGAAGAUGGAGGAUACGACAUGAGCGAGGUCGAUGCAUGGACCCAGCGGAAAGUUCAGGAGUGGGAGAAGUUUGAGGGGGGUGCCUUGAAAUUCUUGGAUGAAGAGUGA